AUGUGGAAGCAGCUAGCUGCUUCUCUCUGCAUGGCUAUUAACUAUAAGCAGUGUGAAACCUUGCAGUCCAGCUGGGAAAAUCAGGUAAUAACCUUCAUGUGUUAUUGGGAUUAUGUAGAUGAAGAGCAGUUCCUGAAGGAUAUAAUGGAACAUCUCAAAAUUACUCAGCUGGGGCCAGAGGUGACCCUGGAAAUGUUCGGCCAGAUGGGUGGUGUCACUGAGCAAUGCCUCACUCUUUCACCCGCUGCCUUGGUCAACCCCACUGUGUACUUCGACAUCUCUGCCAACGGUGAGCCCAUGGGCCGCAUCUGCUUUGAGUUGUUUGCAGACAAAGUUCCAAAGACAGCAGAAAACUUUUGUGCUCUGAGCACUGGGGAGAAAGGAUUUGGCUAUAAGGAUUCCUGCUUUCACAGAUUUAUUCCUGGGAUUAUGUGCCAGGGUGGUGACUUCACAGGCCAUAACGGCACUGGUGGCAAGUCCAUCUACGGGAAGAAGUUUGAUGAUGAGAACUUCAUCCUGAAGCACACAGCUCCUGACUUCUUGUCCAUGGCUAAUGCUGGACCCAACACAAGUGGUUCCCAGUGUUUCAUCCGCACUGCUGAGACUGAGGGGCUGGAUGGCAAGCACAUGGUUUUUGACAAGGAGAAAGAGGGUGUGAACAUUGUGGAAGCCGUGGAGCACUUUGGGUCCAGAAAUGGCAAAACCAGAGAGAAGAUCACCAUUGCCAACUGUGGACAAUUUUGA